AUGGAGGUGGAGAUGAAACCAAAGGUGGUGGAGGUGGUAAUGCUAGUGGAGGUUGUCGAAGGUGGUGGAGGUGAUGGAGUUGGUGGAGGUAGUGGAGGUGGUGGUGGUGAAGGUAAUGGAGGUGGUGGAGGUGGCGUAGGUGAUAGAGGAGAUGGUGGAGGUUACGAAGGUGGUGGAGGUGACAAAAAUGGUGGAGGUUACGGAGGUGGUGAAGGUGACGAAAGUGGUGAAGGUAACGAAGAUGGUGGAGGUGGCGAAGGUAACGGUGGUGGUGGCAAAGUUGGAGAAGGAGAAAACGUUGAAACGGAGGAAUCGAAGGUCGAGCUAUGCAAUCACCGGAAACUAGAGGGUAAUCUCGAAAUGGAAUAG